UACAAUUGUCAAGACUGAUUGCUACAAUCAUGGCUGAGCAAGAGGAGGCCGCGCCCGAGAUCGUGUCGGAGUUCCCGGCGCCGCCCAAGUUCUUUACUCUGUAUGCGGACGGCGUGGAGAGCGGCCCGGCGCCGCCCGAGCCCAUGGAGCCCACUUAUCACAUGUUCGGCUCGCCCUACAGCACGCAGGACGUAGUACCAGACCUGCUACCACAGCCAGGCAAGAAGCUGUAUGCACCUCAAGGCGAGGACGGCGACGGCGCACCUGUGGACUACAAAGCCGAGAUGAAGAAGUAUUAUCUGCAAUAUUUUGUAAAUAAUAACCAAGUGGAGGAGACUAAUAUUGUGCCUUUUAGAAUUAAUCGUUCGCUGCUCGCCAAUUUUGUGGAGCUCGUUGACGUCCUCAUCAAGAAGCCAGCCGUGUUCAAUGAGAAGCUGGACGACAUGGAGCUGCUCUUCCUCAACAUGCACAACCGCAUCAAUGCCUUCAGGCCCCAUCAGGCACGUGAGACGGUGAUUCAGAUGCUUAAGACGCAAGUACAGGAGAGACGCGAUGCUGCCAGGGACAUCCGUCGCACCAUUGACGAGUCCAGGCAAGCAGUGGAACGUGUGCAUGGAGAGCUGCACGAGUCAACGGACGAUGCGGCGGCUGCUGACGGAGCUUCCCCUGUUGGAGCGGAUGAUGAUGUCAAGAUGGAGAACGCUGACGGAUCGGGGGCUACAGGGAAUGCAGGCGACCUUGCUAGUGCAACUGCAGUGGCCAGUGCAGUGACGCUCACUCCUGCUCAACAGGAACAGGCAGAGAAGGCUCGCGAGGCUCGACAAAUGCAGGAACAGUUUUUCGCAGCGCUAGAGGCCGCGAUGAACUGAUUCCGAAGGAUGCGUGGGGUCUCAGGACAAUACAAAGAAGCUACACCUAAAGACGUUAAUGGGACGCCUCGGCGUUCAACGCACUGCCUGCAUGAGUAAAUUAAAUGCUGAAUUCUCUGAACCUGGUCUACCCUUUGAAUGAUCCUCGACACGCGUUCUCGGCGCUUAUAGCUUGACGUCAUUAUUGAACAACGAGCUGCCCGUUGGAGCCGACGAUGCAACAGGAGCUGGUGGAGGUGGAUGCGUAGCAGACUCUGCUGUGGCUUCAGUGGGUUGGUACUGUUGAGCCGGAACUGAUGAGCUACUUGUGACGCGAUUGGCACCAUUCGCUGGACUGAAAACACAACAAACACCAUCAGCAUCUUCAACAACAGAGUCGUUAGAUGACCAUUUGCCUACAAACCUUUCCAUCGCCGCACGGAUAGCUUCGUACAACGGUGUAGCGGCUACUGGAGGUGGCUCUACGCCUCCCAACAGCUCAGGGACCGUCACAGCUUUGCCAUAGAACGAGCG